AUGCACAAAUGUCUUGACCUCUCUAGACUGCCCAAAGCUCCAGGUCUUCGUUCAAUUAAACGUCGCAACGUCACACCCGGCUCCCUGGUACGGCGCCGUACAACCCUGCGCGCACCGCCGACUCAACGCACGCAGCCACCCGGUGGAAACCCCACGCAUUUCCGCAUUUCUCCUGCCCCGCAUUCGUGCUACGUGCUGUACCCAAGGGGGAACCGGAAGGACGGUCCCAAGAGAUUAGAUAUGAGCAUAUUCUUCAUGAUUGCGAAAAAGAAGACGAAUAAACGGGCGGUGGUGCGCAACAGGAUUGCGAUGCGCAUUAGGUCUGCGUUUGAGCUCAUUGUUACUCGGGGUGCUGAUUCUGAGCCGAAAGACAAUGUCGAAGAUCACACUAUCCAUCCCACCUUGCUUCCCAGAGUAUUUUGA